CCGGCGUCCCCCAGGCAGCUGUCGCGCGGCGCCAUGCGAGGCUUGGGGCCAGCCCUGACGGCGCGGCGCCUCUUCCCGCUGCGGCUCCCCCCGCGGCCGCCGCGGCCGCUCGGACCCCGGCUGUCGAGCGGGUCGGCGGCGGAGGCGGGCGCCCUGGAGCGGGCCAUGGACGAGCUGCUGCGGCGCGCCGUGCCCGCCACGCCGGCCUACGAGCUGCGCGAGAAGACGCCGGCGCCGGCCGAGGGCCAGUGCGCGGACUUCGUGAGCUUCUACGGCGGCCUGGCCGAGGCGGCCGAGCGCGCCGAGCUGCUGAGCCGCCUGGCGCGCGGCUUCGGCGUGGACCACGGCCAGGUGGCCGAGCAGAGCGCCGGCGUGCUCCAGCUGCGCGAGCAGCCGCGGGAGGCGGCCGUGCUGCUGCAGGCCGAGGACCGGCUGCGCUACGCGCUGGUGCCGCGCUACCGCGGCCUGUUCCACCACAUCAGCAAGCUGGACGGCGGCGUGCGCUUCCUGGUGCGGCUGCGCGCCGACCUGCUCGAGGCGCAGGCCCUCAAGCUGGUGGAGGGGCCGCACGUCCGGGAGAUGAACGGCGUGCUGAAGGGUAUGCUGUCCGAGUGGUUCUCCUCCGGCUUCCUGAACCUAGAACGGGUCACCUGGCACUCGCCCUGUGAGGUGCUGCAGAAAAUCAGCGAGUCCGAGGCCGUGCAUCCUGUGAAAAACUGGAUGGACAUGAAGCGACGCGUCGGGCCUUAUAGGCGAUGUUACUUCUUUUCUCACUGCGCAACCCCGGAGGAGCCCCUGGUCGUGCUCCACGUGGCCUUGACCGGCGAGAUCUCCAGCAACAUCCAGGCCAUAGUGAAGGAGUGCCCCCCAUCAGAGACGGAGGAGAGGAGUGAGAUCUCUGCGGCCAUCUUCUACUCCAUCAGCCUAACGCAGCCCGGCCUGCAGGGGGUCGAGCUGGGCACCGUCCUCGUCAAGCGAGUCCUCAAGGAGCUGCAGAAAGAGUUUCCUCAUCUUGGGACAUUUUCAAGUCUGUCUCCUAUACCUGGAUUCACCAAGUGGCUUCUGGGACUCCUGAGCUCACAGGCGAAGGAACACGGGAGGAAUGAACUCUUUACGGAUUCGGAGUGUCAAGAAAUCUCUGAGAUCACAGGUGGUCCCAUGAACGAGACCCUCAAGGCCUUUCUCAGCAGCAGUGAAUGGGUCAAGUCGGAGAAGCUGGUCCAGGCGCUCCAGGCCCCCUUGAUGCGGCUCUGCGCCUGGUACUUGUAUGGAGAGAAGCACCGGGGCUUCGCCCUGAACCCCGUGGCAAACUUCCACCUGCAGAACGGGGCUGUGAUGUGGCGCAUCAACUGGAUGGCCGAUGCGAGCCUCAAGGGCAUCGCCAGCUCCUGUGGCCUGAUGGCCAACUACCGGUACUACCCCGGGGAGACGGCCACCAACAGCACCAGCUACCUCUGCUCCAAGAACAUCAAAGCUUCCGAGCAGGUCCUCAGCCUCGUGGCCCAGUUUCAGAAGAACAGCAAACUUUAAGCCUGUCCCGAAGCAGAUGUCCCUGACCCUGAGAAGGAUGAUUUUUGGGAUGGGUCAGGGAGGCUUAUGCAUCAAAAGGAGCUUUUGUUUUUUUAAGUCGAACAGGGUUAGAGCGUGUUUUCUCUGACCCACAGCAAGGUCGGAAGGGGAGGCUGUGGCCUGACUUCCACUGUGGGAGCGCAGGGGCUGUGCCUGACGCCAGAGAGUGGGGGGCUGGACGGGGUUGGGGUGGGGAUGCUGUUCCCGCACCUUCCAACCCCCCCAUCCAGGUCGGGGGUCCCUGCCAGAGGCAGUGCUUUGGUGCCUCCAUCUUCAGAAAGCUCUAGAACCUCUGCUGGGUGUCAUCCCUGGGUGGACCAGCCAGCUUCACCAGGCCCUGGGCAGGUGGCCCAGGUGAGAGCACUUUCCUCCGAGCUUAGAACGUAGUCAGCCGAGGUCGUCUUAGCCGUUUCUCCCCACUCACCACAGGGACAGAGGGCUCUGUGUGCUACAUGGCACCGGUGUUUUGGAGCCCCCGGGCGUAGGGAAAUGUUCAUGACCACCCAGAGUUGACUAAAUUAAACCUUUGAGCAUCACACAA